ACAUUCCGGGCGGUAAUUCUCAACGUACGUUACUGUCCGCAGUUCUUCUGUAAUGUGUAGUUCCGUCUUUAAUUCAACCUUGCAGAUAUGUUUGCACAAUGAGUGCACUCAACAUAAAUGUAUUUGACAAUAUGUCGUCUUCCCAGUUGUUAUUGUAGAAAACAGCGUGUAGCAAUCGGAUAUUUUUUUUUCAGUGUUUCUCCACUCAGUUUCUGAACCUGUGGGUAUAUUUUAGGUGUACGGUUACAUUUUAAUAUCAUUACGUCUGUCGUUAAUUUAAUUAUGACUUAAAACUAAGUGCGCGAAUCCGUCUGUUGAUCUAUUAUGAGUUCGUAUGUGUAGUGCGAAGUUUUACUAGUUUUGUGGAUGGAUAAUGAAAACCACUGGGUAGUCUCAAAGUGUAUUAGUUUCAAAAUGAUUGUUAGUGUGGAUGGUCCUACAUUGUCAUCAAUCAGUCGUUGACAAUGUUUGUGACCUUGUCAAUUUAUUUGUUGGUGGACAGGUUGUUCAUUUCCAUAAUUUAUCAAAUAUUUUAUUUAGAAAUAUUCGCGAUUUCUUGGAAUAAUCACAAUCAAUCAAUAGGCUAGCUAUUUUAUUUUGUGAGAUCUGUUUUUCUGAAAUUUAAGUAUCGUUGCGGAUCGCUCGAGACUUUAUUACAAUGCGUUUACCGUUGCUUUCAAAUUUUAAAGGUUUUAUUAUUUGUCACUUAUACUCCAUUCUACAUUUCAGAAUCCAAACGAUGUAUUUAUUUUGAUUACUGAUUAGUUUGAAGGGAUUUCUCAAAAUGUCGGCUUCUAUUGAUCAAAUAUUUCACACUGGCUUGCUAGAUUUACCUUGCCAUCGUUUGCUUGAAGUACAGUGUCUAAAGUUGAGAAAACCUCUCGUCUGCUUAAGUCCAGUUGCGAAAAUGCACAUUGUUAAUUAUACUUUAAAUAUAGUGAAAAGUCUUUGUGAUGCUACUGCUCCUAGUUGUAUUGGUGAUAUUAUACAAUGCAUAGAUUACUGUUUUCCGGAGAAACUUAAACCUUCUCCUCAAUUUCUGGAUGAGGUUCAAUCUCAGGUUGAGAAAGGGAAAAGAAAAACAUUGUAUAUUUCUGCUGAUAAAGUUUUUUCCUGCUUCAAGUUGGUGUUCCCACGCAUGGAAUCAAAUGUGUCCUUGUUCCUGACACAUCUGAUGGAACAUAUUAUGGCACAAAUCGUUCAGUGGGUUGUAAAUUACGAGUCGAAAAUUCAGUCAGGAUAUAUUGAGGCUACAGAUGUUCAUCAUAUCUUCAGUUUAUUUGGAGCACCAAAACUAUCAAAAUCACCAGUUUGUUAUUCCCUCCCGUUCCUACCUAGAAAGUCUUCAGAUUAUAAAGAUUAUGCAAAAGAAAUUCAAUAUUUAUUGCGAUUCAGUGUCCAGCACCUUGGAAUAAUUGUACGCAUUUUUGGUGACUCACUUAUGGAAGAGUUAUCGCAUAUCCGCAUUGUUACAGAGUCACUUCUUACUGAAUCUGAAGAUACCCGUAAUAUUAACCUGACUGCUCGACGUUUACUAGGUGCUAUUAAAUCUGCUCAGAUUGUUUUUGAUCGUGCUUCAGAAGUGCAUAGUCAUGUAACUGUGCUAAGUGAGUGUAUCGACGAUGCUUUUGAGGACCAAACUCGUCUCAUCGGUUCAUGUUUGAUAGAAGCUGCAGAAGACGGAACAUUGUACAACUUUGCUCACUACGCGGAUACACUUUUAAGUAAUGAUUGUCGUGAGUGGAUAAGUAUUUUAGCUCAAACACCUUGUAUUAUGCGGACACUUGCAAAUGAAUUUCAGAAGAUCCUACAAGUCACUCUUAGCAAUGCAUCUAGUCGUCGCCAAGCUGAGAUAAAAUUACGUUUUUCUGAUCCACAUUCAUGUCAAUUAUGUACCACAAGUUUUGGUUAUGAUCCAAUUGGCCUGACAUCUUCCGGACCAUCUUCAGGUUCAUGUUGUGUUUUAACCCAUCACUCUGACAGUCCACAAUCUUACUGGUCGAAUAUGUUAUCUGGACACACUAACUAUAGUGGUACAAGUACAAGUGUUAGCAGUGCAAGUGGUUCAGUUGACCGUGUUACUACUAUGCCUGUACCUUUCAGUCCUAUUUUUACAAGCCAUGGAUUUAAUCAUUCUUCAUCUUUCACAUCAUUUACAAAUCCACGACAACCUAAGGCAACAGAUCAUUUUCUGUAUAGUAAUAUGAAACAUAUAUCUGGUCAAAGAUCAGUUAGCAAUUCGCCAUCAUCUCUUCAACCAUUUCACAAAUCUAUACUGGAAUCUACAAAUCAAGACAUCAAUCACGAUCAAACUACGGAAGUAACUGGUUUAUCAACAUCAUCUUCAUCAUCUGCAGUCAAUGAUGACAGCAUAAAAACUAAUCCUGAUAAUGAGUCAUCUAGUGUGCAUGAAAAAGGUUUCUCAGAUGAUACUGAUAACUGUUCUUCAGAACCUGGCUCAUUCAAAGAAAAUCAAGCACAAUUAAUGGAACUUUUUAAUUUUAGUAGUGACAUGACUAGCAUCUUACCAACUUGUAAUCAUAUGGUAAUCGCUUUUCGUUAUCUUCUACCUCAACUUCUGCUUCUACCAAAUUUCCAAUUGUUGUACCUGGCAGAUCAUAUUGAGGCUCUAUGUACUCAUGCUACUGAAGAAAAUGAACAAUCGACUCUCAAAGAUGUAAUAUCCCUGCUUUCGAAAACCCGGUCCACUGUAUCCAAUGCAUUAUUUAAUCAAGACUGGGUGAAAUCUGUCUCUCCGACGUUAGCUUUCUUCUUGAAAACUCCUUUCUGUUCUAAUCUCUAUCCAGCUGAAGGUAGAAGUAAAUUGGAAGAAUUGAUUUCUUCAGUUCGUCGCAUGCAACAUUCUUCUGAACUUCCACUUGUUAUGUCCGAGUUUCUGAUGGAUGGCCCAGUGCAAGUAAGAGUUGAUCACGGUCGUCCAAAGAAAUCUGAACGAAUUGCUUACCUGUUUAGUAAUUGGCUUCUAUUGUGUAAAAAGCAAAAACGUGUACUAAGUAACGUUGUGUCAUCGUCGUCAUCAUCCAAUGCAAACUAUGUGUUAAAAGUGAAAAAACGCAUUUGCCUAGAACAGUUCCAUAUAAUCGAUGUAGCUUCAGAGUUCAGUGACAAUAAUGGUAUGUUAUUUCUCUUUGACUUGGAAUGUUGGGAAGCUCCUAAAUUGUCAUCUAUCAUGUCUAAUGUACAAACGAACACAACUAGUUCGUUUAAUGCCAAUACACUCUCGUCUUGUAGUUCUUCUGUUAUACAAGCAGAAACACAGUCUAUACUUUCUGGUUCAUCCAAUCAUCAUUAUCAACCUCAAAUUGGCAGUGUACUUUCUGUUUCUACACUUACAAGUACUAACACAUUGAUUGAUCAUACCAUUGACUUAAAUAACAUUGGAAAUAAUAAUAGUAAUAAUGAAAAUGACAAAUCAUUAAUUCUACCAACCGCUGGUGAUGCAGUGGAAGCUUCAAACAAUGCUUUAUUGGAGGUGAUCUCAUCUUAUCCAAAACAGCGUUUCACAUUUAUUUUCUAUAAUAAAGAAGAUAAAGCCAAUUGGAUAUCAGCUUUAGUGUAUCUUCAUUUAGCUAGACUGUUUAAACGAUAUCUCACGUCCCUCCCUCGUCAAGAUCUUCCUUUGAUUUUACCAUCUCCUUCAGUUUACCGAUAUUCUGUUCCCGACUCUCCAUCUAAUAUUAUAUUUGAAUCUUCUCAAACAGAUGGUAGUGCAGGGAUUCCUGUUAUUCGUGCUGCUACAAUUUUGAAACUUAUUGAACGAAUGACAUAUCAUGAAUAUUUUGACAAUAAAACGUUGAAUGCAUUUCUUUUGACAUACCGACGUUAUAUUUCUUCGUUGGAGUUGUUGGAUUUAUUAAUUGAGCGAUUUAAUAUACCAAAUCCAGAUUUUACUGAGGCUGCUAAUGAAACAUUCAAUUCAAUAAAAGAACGUGAUGGUUUACUUACUGUUGCUUUACGUUUAGAACAACGUUUCCGUUCAGUGUAUAAACGGCGUGUACAAUACAGGGUUUUAAAUUUCAUUAUUAAAUGGGUGAAAAAUUCUUCUUACUAUAAACUUGACAUAUUACCAGACACUGUAUUACGCAGUAGGUUGUGGGAUUUCCUAGACACUGUACAUGCUCGUAAUUUAUCUGACAAUGUGACAAAUAUUCGUAAAUCUCUUCUUGGUGAUAGAAUAAGAUUAAUCCAGACAAUUGAACAACUGCCACCUGAACAACUUGAUUUCGGUUUGGUUACAUCAUCGGAUGACGUGAAAUUAACCACAGUUCAUCCGUUAGAAUUCGCACGUCAAGUAACACUUUAUGAAUGGGAGUUAUAUUCGCGCAUUGAAUUUUGGGAAGUCACUGGUAAGGAAAAAAUCAAAUCUCCCAAUUUCGAAUUAUCACUCCAGUUUUCCAAUAAGUUUAAAUGUUGGUUAGUUAGUUCGAUAAUAUCAGCUGAACAUUUAGAAGACAGAAUGGUUAUUAUGCAACGUGUUGCUGAUCUGUUAGUUUACUUCGAUAGUUUGAAUAAUUUACAAGGUGUUCAAGAAGCCAAAGCUGCUUUAUUGAGUUCUCCCGUAUUUCGACUAAGUGAAACCUACGAUGCUUUAAUCUCCAAAUCAAAAUGUCAUUAUCGUAACUUUUUUGAAUCAUUGCGUCAGUUCGUUCAUGAUGAUAGCGCAAACGUUUAUUUUACCGAUUAUCAAGAGAAAUUGCAUCGAAUUCAUCCACCCGGUCUCCCGUUUAUUGCAGUCGGGGAUAAAACACAACUGAUACAUUUAGAAUUGAAGCAUCCUGAUUGGGUAAAUGCUUCUACAUUGCCAUUUUCAACUGUACCAGAUACACAGAAUUCGAGUAGUGGUUGUUUGGUUAACUUUUGGAAGUGUCGUCAAUUAGCUGAACUUGUUGAAUAUUAUUUGUCUUUUCAACAAACUCCGUAUAAUUUCUCCAUAAAUAAGUCUAUCCGCGGUUUCCUAGAGACAUUAAACCCAUUGAAUACAUGGGGUGUUGAUAAAGAGAAUUUAUUUGACGAUAUUAUGUAUGAAAAAUCUUUGAAAAUUCAGCCUAAGCAAUCUGAUUCAUUUUGUACAGUAUCCCGUGAACGUAAUCUAAAGCCUGUAGAAAUAAAAAUCGCAGCUGCAUUAAAUCUUGUUCAACCGGAUCCCAAGUUAACUGCUGAAUCUCGGGAGUUUCGUAGUCUUCUUCAGAUGAUUUCUACUGUUACAAACCGUUCAUCAACCCUAACUUCAACAUCCGAGAAUCAAUUUGUGAAAGAGUUUUCUAAUAUACCUGAUAAAGCUGUUGAGCAGACAAGUGAUAAGUCAAAUACAGUUGCAUCCUUAACAUUAAAUGACCCUUUGUCAUCUCUCCGAAAUUCUAAUGAUAACUCAUCUCUAAUGUCUGAUACUGACAAACGGUCAAGUCAUUUGAAGCCCUUUUUAAUGAACACCUGUACUACUACUUCAUCGUCAUCACCUGAAACAUUUCUUCACAAUGAUAGUUCUCAAUUUACAUCAGUCGAUACUCUUCCCGUUAAUGCUUAUGUAAAAGGUGAUAAUGCACAAACUAUGUGCCUUUCUUCCCCACCGGCUCUACCUCCUCGAAUUAGUAGGUCAAUUCAGCGAAAUGCGCAUUCAGAACAGUUUAGCAAUCCAAUCGCAGCAUUUCAAGAAUCCUCUCAUAGUGUGUCUAACUCCACGUUUUCAAACAUCAGAGGUACGUUUAUUAAUAUGAUAAAUGAUCUCUUAUUACAUUGUUCAUGUUUAUGGGAUUUUGCAAAUGCUAAAUUUUCGCUGAGAUUGGGAUUUUAAAAGGGAUAUACACGUGUGUUUAGAAUGAACAGAACUGUGUUUCCUCAUGUGAUUGCAAAAUUUCAUUCAGCAGUCAGACAAAUCUUUAGAUAAAAAAGUGAUUUUUUCUGGUUGUUGGUUUUUAGAAAAGUUCUUUUUUAAGGUGUGGAAUUGCUAACCCCAUGUUCAACAUUCCCUCUUUAUCUGAGUUUGGGACCGGUAGCAACUCAAGAAGGACUCUAUGUGAACGACCUUCAGAUAGUCUGUAAUAAUUUGACAUUUUAUCCUCUAAUAUCGUCAUAUUGAGUUUAAAAGUGAAAGGAAUUCGCAUUUUCUGCAUAAAAUAUCAAAUGUUUAGGUUUUUGUCAUCCUCUUUAAUAACAAAAAGUUAAGGUUUUUAAAAUUUUCAUGGUUUAUGAACUUGUGUGAUAGACACUGUCAAAUGAAAUGUUUAGGUAAACGUUUACAUUAAGUACUUAUUGAUGAAAGCACUUAGUUCUCAUGUGGUAACGACUACUUUUGAUCUAUUUUCUAUCAGUUUUAAGUAUUGUUGAACAAGCUAAUAAAUAAGUUUUUCUACCAUUCUAUUUGUUGCUAAAUGAUCCUAAUUUAUCUUGCUAUUCAUUUUGUUUAGUCAGAAGUAUUGUCUACAAAGGAUUCAUCUUCUCCGAUUAUUUUCAGCGUACCGAUGUCGUCCAAUAUAUAGCGACUUAAUAACUUUAAUCAUACAUAGAUAUCUUAAGUUGAUGAUGCAAUUAAAUUGUUUCUCAUAAGAGUGUGAAGUUAAAAUAAUAUUACACAACUCUGACAAAAGUGAUCCUCCCACAUUACACAUGAACUAUAAUCAUACGAAUUGUUUUCCAUUAUUUGUAGCGUUCAAAAGAAAAAUGACGUAUUCAAUCAAAUGAUUAUUUUUAUUUUUAUCAGUGCUAUGAUUGCACGAUGUAUAUAAUCUAACUGCAUUUUACACUUAUUCGACAGGUGCGGAUAACCAGACAUUAUUGACACAUACACACUUGGAUAGGAAGUUGCACAACUCACAAGCUUACUAUUAAUAUACAUAUUUAUAUCAGUUCAGGGUCAUUUUCUUGAUAGUAGCUUGAUAACAUAAGCUCUUACCAUCCAACCAUAGGUAAAUUAACUAGCUAUAUAUUAAAAAUGGUAACAUUUUGAUUUCGUUCACACACUUAGAGAUAUUUACCGCGUUUACAGUUUCCAUCGAACUGGUAAAAGAAGGGGAAUAGCAACUAUGAGAAUUACGUAGCUUGUACAGGUGAACCAGGGAUCAUCAAAUAUUUCUUUAUCUUAUAGUCGAUAUCACAAACUGGUUUCAGUUAAACAACAUUAAAAACAAAGGAGAUUACUGGACAUCUGUUUCGUCCUAAUGUGGGACUUUUCGGGAGUGUCCAUUCACGACCUCACUACUAGCUAUCCAGUGCUUCCUGAUUUUCAGUGAUUGUCUGACUAAGACCUGUCUAUGAUAUUAACUAUGAGGUUGCCAAAGUGAUCUUUAUAAACCCUUGUAAUAUUUUUGUUAUUCAUCUGUCUUUGUGGUCUUGGUACUAAAAUGUAUCAAUUGCUUAGCUUAUCCAAACUAAAGUUAUAGUAGUGUUAAUAGACAUUUAAUGAACAUAGAUACUGGUACAACUGAUCACCAAAAUAAAUAUACACCAUACAAAUGGGGAAAUGAAAUUUUAAGGAGAAAAAUUGCGUGAAUGAAAAUAUCUAGUGGAGAACAGUAUAUAUGGGGAGAUACUGUUAAGUUUUAAGAUACAAACAGGAAGACUCAUUGAAGAUUGCAAAAGAACUAUAGCAUGCUCUCUUCUGGUUUCUAUUCUGAGCUAUGUUUGAUAAUGUCUCAAGACAUUGAGUUUCACAAUCCCUGUGGUCCCAACCAGAGAGUCGUAAUGGAUCAACACUGACCAGUCCAAUACAGCUUUAUUUCACUCUAUGGCAUUAUGUCGUAAACUGAACACCUCCGCUUUUUCCAUUCUGUCUCAGUGUCAGCAAACAAUCAAUGAAGUGAAAGGAGAUAGGGUAGUAUUCGUAAUACCUGUCCUGGUCGAAACAACUGGUGCUUUUAGAUAGUGCUAUUAAUUGAGUUGUCUUCAAUGUAUCCGACCACACAUUUGCUACAACUCAAUCGGUAUCUUGAAAAAAUGGAUUCAGUGACUUGGAUAUUUGUUCGUAAUAUCUUAUGUUUCUGAAGAAAAUAUCGAUAGUGUAGUUUAUGUUUGUUCAUUCGAAAAAUUGACAAAUGUAUAAACUUUCUUCGUCCUGAUAUCACAUUCUACUUUUAAUAGGAAAUACAUUUUACAUCAAAACUAUAUUCUUGUAUUGUAUAAAUAUUUUUUUGCUUAUUUACAUGAUUGAUAAUAAACAGUCACGCUCUGAAUGUAUUUCCUAAUACCAAAGUCUAAAAUGAAUCUCUAGUUUUAUCAUAGACAUGUACAUAUAGUUGCAAUAUAUUCGAGCUUUUUUUAAGCUCUCAGGUUUAUUUUUACUAAGAGUAGUUUCUUUUUACUACUAAUCUUUUUCACCUAUAUUAUUGUAGACAUGUCACCUGCAGAGUGCCUUCCAACCAACGUUACCAUGACUGCUACUCAUGGUGACGUUUCGCAGCUGCCAUUAGAUAUCUCCUUGGGAUUAGAAAAUUCAUCUGCAGUCAAUACGUCAGCUACAUGUGACGAUGUUGGUCCUCCCCCAAGACCAUCUCAUCGUAGAUUAACCUCUUUAUCGUCUAUAACAGGUGAAAAAAGUCCUUUUUGGUCGAAUCUAGUCACCAAAACGUCAGAUAACAAUAAUAUCAGUACAAAUAACUCAACAGAUAAUGUAUCAAAUCCGCCUAUUCUACCUCCUCGUAUUCAUCAUCAUGGUGGCGAAGUAAAUUCAUCACGAUUAUUUAAAAAUAAUAGUCCAAUAAUUCAAGACAAUAAUAAUACUUCAAAAGAAGAUAGUUUAUGUAUAAAUGCUGGAUUAACAAAUGUAUCUCAUAUUUUAUCACAUAAUUUAACAAACAUAAAUCGUUCUUUAUCAUCUCCAUCACCACCUCCAUUACCUCCGAAAAAAUCAACCACUCCAAAUAUCUAA